ACUCGUAGGCUGUCAGUCGACGGGACAGGCUUGGACCAAAAACCAACUGACGGGCAGUUAAAAAUUGGUAGACCAAGGCAGUCCAGAGAAAUGUCUUUUAUACUUGACUGGAUCUACAAGAGCUUCAGCAGUGUCCUGCAGCUAUUAGGGUUGUACAAAAAGAGUGGCAAGCUAGUGUUCCUUGGACUAGACAAUGCUGGAAAAACAACACUCCUACAUAUGCUCAGAGAUGACAGGCUUGGACAGCACGUGCCAACGCUACAUCCAACAUCUGAGGAGCUGACCAUAGCUGGGAUGACCUUUACGACGUUUGACCUCGGGGGUCAUACACAAGCACGAAGGAUCUGGAAGAACUACCUCCCAGCCAUAAACGGUAUAGUCUACAUGGUGGAUUGUGCUGAUCAUGAGCGACUAGCAGAGGCUAAAGUUGAACUGGAUGCCCUGUUGACAGAUGAUACCAUCUCAAACGUCCCGGUUCUCAUCCUGGGGAAUAAGAUCGACCGUCCGGAGGCCAUCAGUGAGGAUGCACUCAGAGGAAUGUUUGGUCUUCAUGGACAAACAACUGGAAAGGGCAAAGUGUCACUGAAGGAGCUGAAUUUGAGGCCAAUGGAAGUUUUCAUGUGUAGCGUGCUGAAGAGACAAGGAUAUGGAGACGGUUUCCGCUGGCUCUCCCAGUAUAUUGACUGAUGCACGUUCUUUUACCACGCUACCUGCGCACACAAGGACAUGCUACACACAAAACUACCUGCCAUAAGGAGAUAUUGUAUUAUAUACCAUAUUUAGGACUUCAACUGUGCCGGAAGGAAAACUAUGUUACAAGUAGUGUUUUGUGUUAAUAUACCCUGUGUUCUUUAUGAAUUCAAAGAAAUCAGUAUGUCAUAUCAAUCAUACCACAGCGAGUCAAAGAUUAAGUUAUGAAUCAUCAGUCUGUAUUGUUCAGAUUGCAUGUGGAGAAUAAUCUUCAUAGUGUGGUUUCCUUAACGUAAAGCCUGUAGAGAAUUCUGUCUGCCAUAUAGAACAUGUCAUCGCUGUGAACCAGUUUCUUACCCGGGUUUAUUUUUAGCUGCUGGUGUAGACUUACAGUGAAGGUCAAUUUUGUGAACAUUUUGUGCUUGGAGUUACUCUUCCUUGGUUGAGGAUGAAGAUUAUAAUUAUAUCUUUAUAUGUAUCCUACUUCUUUCAAACUAAUGGGACUCUCAAAGUAACAUAACAUUUUUUCUCAGAACAGAAUAUUUUUUUCUGGAAAGUGUUGCAGAGAUUUGGUGCCAUAUUUGUUAUCAUUGAAGGGUUUACCACUACAGGCCAAUUAUAUGAAUGUGACCACAAGUGCAUUAACUGACAUUUUUCUGUGAAGAGCUUUAUUUAAUAGCACAUAACCGUGUUAAAUAAUUGCAGUAUAUGCUAACUGCAUCAGCACAACCAGAAACUCAGACUUGG